CGCGAGCGGAGCUCCCGCCCGGGACCGCAGCGGCAGGCGACGUCGCGGCCACCUCCGCUGCACCCUGACUUCUGCCACUCGGGAGCAGGCAUCCACUCCUUCCCGGUCUCCCUUUGUCCAGUCCCCUCAUCCGUUCCCUCCCCCACCCCUUCUCCCAACCCCUACCCUGCGACACCUUCCCUCCUCUGUCCCUCUCCCCUUGUCCCCGCUCCCGUGCCUCUAGCCAGCGCGCUGCACACCCCUUGGACGAUCAGCACCCCGUGUUCUCCGAGGGCGAUCGGCACCCUGUGCACCCCUCUCUCUCCUUCAGCUCCAUCUCACAGCCCGCCUGGCCUCUCGCUCGCCGGCGGCUCCCUGCUCCCAUCCCGAGUGGGUUGCGCGUCGGGCAGCCGCCUGGUCAUGUCAGGAUGGAGAUCCGGCAGCACGAGUGGCUCUCGGCCUCCCCCCACGAGGGCUUCGAGCAGAUGAGGUUGAAAAGCCGCCCCAAGGAACCCUCGCCCAGCCUGACCCGAGUGGGCGCGAACUUCUACAGCAGUGUCAAGCAGCAGGACUACAGCGCCAGCGUCUGGCUCCGGAGGAAAGAUAAGCUGGAACACUCCCAGCAGAAGUGCAUCGUGAUCUUCGCUCUGGUCUGCUGCUUUGCAGUUCUGGUCGCACUGAUCUUUUCAGCUGUGGACAUCAUGGGAGAGGAUGAGGAUGGACUCUCAGAGAAGAAUUGCCAAAAUAAAUGUCGAAUUGCUCUUGUGGAAAACAUUCCUGAAGGCCUUAACUACUCUGAAGAUGCCCCAUUUCACUUACCACUUUUCCAAGGCUGGAUGAACUUACUCAACAUGGCCAAAAAGUCUGUUGACAUAGUGUCUUCCCAUUGGGACCUCAACCACACCCACCCAUCCGCAUGUCAGGGUCAACGUCUCUUUGAGAAAUUGCUCCAGCUGACGUCGCAAAAUAUUGAAGUCAAGCUGGUGAGCGACGUGACUGCAGAUUCAAAGGUAUUAGAAGCCUUGAAGUUAAAGGGUGCUGAGGUGACAUACAUGAACAUGACCGCCUACAACAAAGGCCGGCUGCAGUCAUCCUUCUGGAUUGUGGACAAACAGCAUGUGUACAUUGGCAGUGCAGGCUUAGACUGGCGAUCGCUUGGACAGAUGAAAGAACUCGGUGUCAUCUUCUACAACUGCAGCUGCCUGGUCCUAGAUUUACAAAGGAUAUUCGCUUUAUAUAGCUCAUUAAAAUUCAAGAGCAGAGUACCUCAGACCUGGUCCAAGAGACUCUAUGGAGUCUAUGACAAUGAAAAGAAGCUUCAGCUCCAAUUGAACGAAACCAAGUCGCAGGCCUUUGUGUCGAACUCUCCCAAACUCUUUUGCCCUAAAAACAGAAGCUUUGACAUCGACGCCAUCUACAGCGUGAUUGAUGAUGCCAAACAGUAUGUGUAUAUUGCCGUCACGGACUACCUGCCUAUCUCCAGCACAAGCACCAAAAGGACUUACUGGCCAGAUUUAGAUGGGAAAAUAAGAGAAGCAUUAGUUUUACGGAGCGUCAAAGUCCGGCUGCUCAUAAGCUUCUGGAAGGAGACGGAUCCCCUCACGUUUAAUUUCAUUUCGUCUCUUAAAGCUAUUUGCACCGAAAUAGCCAACUGUAGUCUAAAAGUUAAAUUUUUUGAUCUGGAAAGAGAGAACGCUUGCGCAACAAAAGAACAAAAGAACCAGACCUUUCCCAAAUUAAACCGCAACAAGUACAUGGUGACAGACGGAGCCGCUUACAUCGGAAAUUUUGACUGGGUAGGGAAUGACUUCACCCAGAAUGCUGGCACGGGCCUUGUCAUCAACCAGGCAGAUGUGAGAGGUAACAGGAGCAUCAUUAAGCAACUUAAAGAUGUGUUUGAGAGGGACUGGUAUUCGCCUUAUGCCAAAUCCAUACAGCCAACGAAACAGCCGAACUGUUCAAGCCUGUCCAAACUCAAGUCUCCGUCCAACCAACCUGCCAUUUCCAAUGCCACCGGGAAGGAGCCCUGACCACAGCUCACUAACAGACACGCAAGGCUUCAGACCAAACUCAGCAAGAACUAGAGGAAAGACAACAAUUUACUACAUCUUUUCUUUUAUUAAGGAGAAAUAAAAAGCACACUUAUUUAAAAUGUUCUCUGAAUGACAUGUAAUAUCUAGCUAACAACAUCUUAGCUCUGUAUAUUAAAUUUAAGACUUUUGUAUCUAUGUGCUCUGACAGAGAAUGUUGUUCUGGCGUAGGAGUUAGUUUUUAAUGACUACAAACACAUUUUACGACUUGGUUCUUGUCUCCUGAUUCUUACUGGUUUUAGAACCUUUUCUGCUGACCCACCUGCACUGGUUUUAAGAAGCAUAGCAUGAGGUGAGCCCUUUCCUUUAAUAUUGCUGAAUUCUGGAAUUAGAGGAAGGGGGAGAAGACACAGGCAGGGCCCAGUAUCUGCCCUGAUAUAUCAUCUCCAAGACCUAUCCAGGCAGCUGAGCCCAGGCGUCUCCAUCUCAUGCCAGCCUUCAAGACGACUGAAAAACACUCGUUUCUGUCCCCUUGUUCCUUGUGUUCUGAUACCAGGUUUUGGGGGGUAUCAGUCUGUCUUCUGACAAACAUGUUCUUGUAUUACAUCAUCCCUGGAUCCACCUCAGCUUUAGUUCAAAGGGUGGGAAUGUCUUAGGGAAUGGUAUGAAUUUUCCAAAUGGAAAUCAGUCUUUCACUUUCUUCUUUCAAUUACACUUUUUCCCAUCUUAAAUUGGUUACUUUUAAAAAACCACAGUCUUUCUUAUAUAUAUAUAUAUAUAUAUAUAUAUAUAUAUAUAUAUAUAUAUACCCUUUCCUCAAGCUCAGAAAAAUGAAGUAAGUGCCCCUGCUAAUACCCAGCAAGCCAUUAAGUCUGCAUUUGAAGAAUAAAGCAGUUUCACAUUUGUGCUUGGUUAACAGUGUUAUAAAGGAAAGAUCUAUGCGUCGGUGGAUUUUAAUUUAUUUAGAAUUAUUAUGCUGUUAAGAGUAUGCCAGCAAAUGUUUAUAAUAGAGCUAUUUAAUAUACCUUCUGCUAUUUAAUAUACCAAAUGCUUUUCAGACAAAUGCAAUUUAAAUACUGUGCUUAACAUAUUUUACUAAGAAACAGAAAUAUUGGAUUAUUGUUCUAUAAUGUCAUUGUGUGUUGUUGUUUUAUAUCUAUAUAAUAUACAAUCCUGUAUUAACAGAGACUGUUGCUGUAUGAGAGAGGUGUGACCUCUUCAGGGCCCAGAGCAAAUGGCCAAGAUGCCUAUGCCAGUAUGGCUCCUGACUCCGUGCUCAGAACAGAGCCCUUCCCUCUUUGGCCUCGGUUUUCUAUUGUUGAUGUAGACGAUAAUACCUACCUCGCAAGGAUGCUGUCGUGGUAGGCGAUAUUUAUAAGUUGUUUUUGAAAUCAAAAGAACCUAUAUAAAUGCUAAGCAUUACAUUGCAUAAUCUUUUUCUUGAAAUAAUCCCUGUGGUAUCCUGGUAGAAGCAAUACCAGGCACUCUCCCGAAGA